AGGAUGCAUUUUGUGCCAACUUGGAGGGCCACGCAUCUCAGCCGACAGUGCUCACAGGGGGCCCCGAAGCUCUUCGUUCCUCCCAGUGCUCCUCCGGACCCUGCCAAAGUCCAGGAGUUGCAGCGCUUCAUCACCCUUUCCAAGAGACUCCUGGUGAUGACAGGGGCAGGCAUCUCCACCGAGUCAGGCAUCCCGGACUACAGGUCCGAGAAAGUGGGGCUCUAUGCCCGCACUGACCGCAGGCCCAUCCAGCACCGGGAUUUUGUCCGGAGCGCUUCCAUCCGCCAGCGCUACUGGGCCAGGAACUUCGUGGGGUGGCCUCAGUUCUCCUCCCACCAGCCCAACCCCGCACACCGGGCCCUGAGCCAGUGGGAGAGGCUCGGGAAGCUGUACUGGCUGGUGACCCAGAACGUGGACGCCUUGCACACCAAAGCGGGGAGCCAGCGGCUGACGGAGCUCCACGGAUGCAUGCACAGGGUCCUCUGCCUGAACUGUGGGGAGCAGAUGGAGCGCACGGUCCUGCAGCAGCGCUUGGAGGCCCUGAACCCCACGUGGAGUGCCGAGGCCCAUGGCGUGGCCCCCGACGGCGACGUCUUCCUCACCGAGGAGCAGGUGCGACGGUUUCGUGUGGCUGCCUGCACACGCUGCGGGGGACCCCUGAAGCCCGACGUGGUGUUCUUCGGGGACACGGUGCCCCGGGACAAGGUGGAUUUCGUGCACAGGCGCGUCCAGGAGGCCGACUCCCUGCUGGUCGUGGGCUCGUCCCUGCAGGUGUACUCGGGGUACAGGUUCAUCCUCACCGCUCGGGACCACCAGCUCCCCAUCGCCAUCCUCAACAUCGGGCCCACGCGGUCUGAUGGGCUGGCCAGCCUGAAACUGGACUCUCGCUGCGGGGAGUUGUUGCCCCACAUUCUGGUACGAUGACCCACCCUGGCCUCGAGCACCCGAGCCAAGGAUUGCGGCCACCCCCAUCCUGCUGCUGAAG